CAACAUGAGCCACCGAGUCAGAAGAAGAAGAACAAGAGAGCAGCUGUAGUAAAGAUCUCCAGAACCAGAAGUGAGGUCGGAUCCAGGACAAGGGGCUACAGCAGAGCCAGAACCAGGACCGCAGACCAGGAGCAGUCCAGUCCACCAUGUCGGAGCCCAUCAGGAGGAAAAGCUCCAGCAGACAGCUCCUGCAGAACCUCAUCAGGGUGACUGCCCAGCGGAGCCAGGAGGACGCUGAGGAGGUGGAGCGGGAGCGAAGGAGGAGAAGCAGGGAGAAGGAGAGGGGAGAGGGGAGUCCUUCCUGGCCAGAGCCCCCCCAACACAACGACCGAACACACAACACAGCGCUGGACGAGGAUCUGAAGCCAAGCUGCUGCCUGGUUCUGGAGGAGGACGAGGGCUUCAGCGACUGGAGUCACAGGUUGGAGAAUCGUAAUGAUCAGGAGGUGCCAGAUGACUGCAGGGUCAGGGUGCAGAGACCUCUAAUGUCACAGUGGAAACCGAAGUCUGGAGAGGACAAACAGCAGGAGGAUGAAGAGGAGCAAAGCGGUCGGUCCCAGGAAGCUUCAGCAAGACCUCCAGAGAAGAUGUCCAGCAACAGAAAAGAAGUCAGGACAUCGUUCAGCUCGACAGUCUUCCUGCCACAGGACACCAGGCUGCAGCACACCACGGGUCAGCCGGCAGACAGGACGUCCUACCUGGUUGCAGGGACGAUGAAGCCUCGUGGUGGAGCCUGCAGAGCGGAUGGGCAGGUGGAGCUGGAGGAGAAAGAGGAGGUCCAGGCCGCUCUACAGACAGACUGGAGGUCCGCAGAAACCCGACAGAUCCCCAGAGAUGAGGGUGAUCAGGAGGAAGAAGAGGAACUGAGCUUCACCCAUGAAGAGAAGAAAGACCUUCGCCUCAGGAGGGAAGAGAGACACAUGGAGAAGAGGGAAGAGGAAGAGGAAGAGGAAGAGUACAAGACGUCAGAAAAGAGGAGGCCAGAGUCAGUGGAGGGCAGGAGGAGCGAGGAGGAGACCAGGAGAUCUACGCGCUCGCUCUGCAGCAGCAGUGAAGGCGAUGAGUCGUUAAACUGCUACGGUCCGAUGAGCCCAACAUUCAAGAAACUCCUCAUUCAAUUUUACCCAGAUGAAGCGAACAGUAAAGUCUUAACAGACGGGAAAUGCAAGAUCAUAGAGAGAACCGAGUCUCUGAGGAAAAGCACCAGCAGCAUAAAGAAGACGCUGCCACCUGUUCCUGUUUCCAAGAUUGACAAGAAACUGGAGCAGUACACACAUGCUCUCGAGGUCUCCUCCUCCAGAUCAGGCGGUCACAUGCUGACAGACCUGACGAGUCCCACCGAGCCUGUGUCCUCCAAGAAAUGCCUGUUUGAGGCCGGAGAAGCCUGGAACCAACACGCUGUCCAAGUUUCACCAUCCAAGGAUGCAGAUGGUUUAAAAGUUGGUGUCGCUGAUCUCAUCAAUCAGUGGGUGAGAGGCAGUGAGGAUGGGAGCAGAUGCAGCUCGCCCUUCAAGCCGGCAGACAGCUCUGGUGGUAAAAGAUAUAAAUUUGUGGUGACGGGUCACGGCAAGUACGAGAAGGUUUCUGUUGACGACGGCUGCAGUGAAGAUGCAAACUGCCAGUCAGCGGGACUUUUCUAUGAAGAUUUGUAAAACACAAACUGGACUUUAAGGAAUUUUGGGUAAAAAAAAAAAUCUUUGAUACUGCACAAAUUAUAGCCACUAUCACUUUACCAUUCUCUGUAUUUCAGGUUUAAGUUGGAAAUGAAUUUAAAUGAUGUUGUAAUAACACAUUUCCUGUAAUACUUUGUAUAAUUUUACAAAAGGUAGUGACACAAAUAGUGUGUCUUUUUUCUUUUCAUCCUGAAUUUUAAUCUCAAGAUCUUUGAAAACGUUGCAAUAACUUCAAUUAAACAGAUUCCUGCUGUGUGUUCCUCAAUAAAAGUUUCUGUCUUUGC